ACAUGGCAUACCUUAGAACAUAUUGACGUCAUUGUUUGUUCAAGACUCAUGACCAGACUUCCUGAUAUGACGUCACAUGUCGACUUCGGACACAAACUCUCCUUCAUUUUGGCACCGCCGAAGCAGGCGCAUGGGCCAUGACACAACAAACGAGUCCUGUACUCGCACAAUCUUAAGUUAGUACUUCGGAAAGACAAGUUGUAUAGAGUUUGAGAAGUUGUGCUUAACGCACGGGGCACGCACACCAUACUUUCAUAGGACCGUACGGUGGAUUCUAUAGGUCACCAGGCUUAUCCAAACAAGGAAACGGUGGAUCGCAACUGGUAACCCCAAAGGUGGAUAGGAGCGUGCAUACUGGUGUUAGGAACUCGCACUAGACUUCUUCAAGUUAUACAAGGCAACCUGGGAUUCGAACCAUCGACCUUCGGAGUUACUGCUAACCCCUGGUCAUCAUGGCAGCAUCAUGUCGGUUGCUACAAACGGCUCUGAUCGUCAUGUUUCUGUCUCCCACACUGGUAAGAGAUGUGCUCGGACAAACAGGAAUCCAAAAUGGCGGCACCGUUAACGUCACAUGCACAGCGGGCUCCAACGCCGAUCUACAGUUGACUCCCGUACUGCCACCUGGUAUCACACCACUGUUCCAAAGAUGGACGAAGCUACCAGACACAGGGAUCGCCGUCAGGGACGACAUUGUGCACAUUUCCGACGAUUACCAGGGACGGGUAGAAUUGUAUGGAGACGCAAGCUUGCGGUUGAAAGACGUCACACCUUCCGAUUCCGGCACUUACCGGCUCUACAUGGUGUCGUCUGAUGGCCUUUCACAGACGUUGGAGCGGUCUCUUCAAGUCCUUGCUAUGCCAACAACCGAGACAACUCCAGGAGCAAUGACGGCACCACUCACUACUUCUUCAGUGCACGUGGAGAACGAUGUUUACUUUCUCGGUGUCACCGAGGUUAUCGCGGGCGAGGCAGUGCAGCUGAACUGGACCUACAGCAUCCGCCCUGGCAUCGUCAAACUUCACGAGGUCUGGAAGGGUCCGGGUGGAAACCACAUCAUUCGCCGAAUAGGGAAUCAAGUACUCUGUUACGAUGAGUACAAAGGACGGGUGGGUCUCAUUGGCGAUAACAUCCUACUGCUGAACGCAACGCGCCCAGCAGAUGCAGGAAGUUAUACCACCACGGCUUACUUCUCCGAUACAUCUGUACAUGUAGCGGAGAGACAACUCAUCGUCCACUAUGCUCCCGACGUACAACUAAUCAAGUUCCAGGUGGGGUACAUAUUUGACAACGUAACGAAGCUUACGGUAUGGGUAGGGGAAACCGUGAGGCUGCGAGCAAUAGCCGACUGUGUCCCCCCUGCCACAUACACGUGGAGCAGGCCGGACAGACCUCUCCCGGACACCGCUGUGGUGAACGUCACUACAGGAUUCUUGACAAUCACCAGAUUCAUUUGGGAAGACCGCGGUAAUUACACUGUCGUCGCCGAGAACUAUCUAGGCAAUUCGUCGGUCGCGAUUGUCACUAUGGAAACCUGGUAUGGAACUCCGUGGCCCCCUAAUGUAAAUGGCUUUAAUAGCUCGCUGAGCCCAUCUGAAAUCACGAUGGUUGCAGUGGGCACAACGCUGGGCGUCACGUUUUUAGUGUGUGGAGGACUGGGAUGCUGUAGAUGCUGGUGGGUCAAGAGAAGACAUCGACGCGCCAAGAUGCAGAACAGACGGUUGUCCUUCCACCCGUUUAUCUUAGAUCGCGUUUACCCUUUGGAGCAGCCGCCUCCGUCUGUACCAGCCCGUCCACAGUUCAUGAAGUACGAAGUGAACAGGCAGGACUUGGAGCUGGGGGAACAGAUCGGCAGGGGCGCCUUCGGUGUCGUCUACCUGGCGACUCUGAAGAGAACUGCAGCCGGGCUGGCCACGAACAGAACAGUUGUGGUCAAGACUGUUCACGAUUGCGCCAGUGGUGAAGAAAAGUCGACAUUUGUGCAUGAGAUCGAGACGACCAUCAAUCUGGGAGAACACAGGAACUUGCUGGGUCUGGUUGGGUGCUGCACGCUGACUGACCCGCCUUACCUGGUCACGGAGUACCUGCCGUACGGAGACCUCAAGAACUUCCUGCUCAAGUGCCGACAGCCGCAGGCGAACAGCGUCUAUGACAUGACGGAUUUGAAGAUGUACCAGAUCGGACGUCAGAUAGCAAACGGCAUGGUCUUCAUAUCUGAGGCUGGGUUCGUGCACGGAGACCUGGCAGCCCGGAACGUGUUGGUUGGAGAGGGCCUUCUGGUGAAGAUCGCAGACUUCGGGCUGGCCACAGACGUCUACGAGCGAGGCUACCAGCGGCAGGACGCUGAGCAGAGGAUACCCUUGAGGUGGAUGGCGCCGGAAAGGCUGCUGAGGGAGGGGCGCUAUACUAGCAAGAGCGACGUUUGGUCGUUCGGAGUGGUGCUGUACGAGAUCGCGACGCUAGGGGACGUUCCUUACCCGAGUCUGGGCAGCAUCCUGCUGGAGGAACUGCGCAGGGGACGACGGGAGCAGCGCCCACAGGAUUGCCCCGGGGAACUGUACAACAUGAUGCUGAGCUGCUGGCAGUGGGACGAGUUCAGCCGCCCGGAGUUCCAGCAGCUGUACCUGGAGCUGGACCGGCUCGUGGAGACCAACGCUGACGUCAGCUACCUCAAGCUCUCCUCGGCUUCUUCAGACGACGAGAAGAGUUCAGGAAUCUUCACAGACAGCCAGACGUCUUCCCGGCAAAGUCUGGAAGCCGCCGGCACCUCCGGAACAUCUGAAGCACCGGAGGUACUCGAAGAAAGCAAAACCGAGGCUUCUCAACCAUCUCAAGAUGAUCCACCGCAAUCGGGGAGAUCACCGACAGAUCGUGCCAAGGUCGGCGGGGAUUCGUACGUCUACUACAAGGUUCCACCCAAGCACAGCCACAUGAAAGAGCGGCCGGGAAGCGGUCAAGUCAUCGGCGAAGAGCAGAUAGUAGCAAAUUUUGACCCCACCCAGACGGAGACGACGUACCUUUGAAUCUCCUGAACCUGAAAUCAUUCCAUUCGACUUGCCAUAAAUCUCGUUCCAAAAUGCCUCGACAAGGAAAAAUCAGUAGUUGCGUUCAGAACAACUGUGGCGACGCAAUAAAUGUUUCCGUUGUGAAGAGGCUGAAGUGAGAGACAACAGGGAAAAUCGCAAACAUAAAACCUCAGUAAAUAUAUCACAAUUUACGUACCAAGAAAAUCGGUACAGUGUCUCCAAAAACGAUUCAUCUACUACAGCAUGUACAAAUCCAGAAUACUGGAACUACAUCCAUGUAUCCACUGUACUUAAGUGGACUUGCAAGUACUAGUACAUUAUCAGCCUUUUCGCGUUACUAAUUAAGUAUGUUAUUCUUACCAUGAAAAUGAGGAAUCUUAGCGUUUGAAAAUGAAGAUUGUAUUUGAUUUACUUGUACAGUGUCUCCAAAACGAUUCACCUUCAAUAUGUACAAAUCCAGAAUACUGGAACUACAUCCAUGUAUUCACUGUACGUAAGUGGUCUUGCAAGUACAUUAUCAGCCUUUUCGCGUUACUAAUUGAGUAUGUUAUUCCUACAAUGAAAAUGAGGAAUCUCAGCGCUUGAAAAUGAAGAUUGUAUUUGAUUUACUUAAAUUACUAUGAUCUUGCUUGAAUUCCGACCUGUCCCACUCCGAUUUUGAGUUAAUGUUAUCAAGCUUUCUGUUAAUUCAAAUAGACAAUUUGAUGUAUAAAGGAACAAAGUUGAUUUAUUUAAUUUUAUUUAACGUAUGUCCAUCACUAAUUUUCAGUUCACCCUAUGUUUCCUUUCUGUUAGUUCAAAGUUAAGAUUUGUUGUAUAUUUCUAUUGUUAUAUUUAGUAUUGUUUUGAUAUGGACUCCAGGACGACUAGUGAUUUAUUACUAAAUGCAGAUCUUGAUAAACCAAACCAAACCAAAAGAUAACAUUUUGUGGCGCAAUCGGCAAUAUGUCCGAUUCAUAACCUAGAGGUUUGGGGUUCGAAUCCGUUGAUGCAAGGAUCAGACAUCGGCUUUUAAAAUUAGUCGCUUAUUAAAGGAAAAGCGUCGAUGAUGUUUCGCUCAAGAUACUAUCCCUUGGUCACUAUGUAUCAAUCUGAAUCGUAUAAACUAUA